CUACUUUUGUCUCUCCGCAAAGCGAGUAAGCACAAUCAUUCCCCAACCACAAAUAAACUCUUAUUUCCCCCCUGUUUAUUUUUCACGCGGUCGAACAAUUUGUCCUUUAUGGUUUGAUGGGGAGGAAGCGGCAGCUUCCUGCUACUCUUCCCCGCCAGAGAGGAAAAGAAAAGAGGCUGUGGAGAUUCACCAUCAGCAACGGACGCGUUGAAGAGAGAUGGCUGAGGAAGAAACAGCCACGUCGACUUGGAAGAUGAAGACGGCGUUGAGUGAAAACAUGCUGUUUGGGAUGGGAAAUCCCUUGUUGGACAUCUCAGCUGUGGUGGACAAAGAUUUCCUUGACAAGUUUGGACUGAAACCAAACGACCAGAUCUUGGCUGAAGACAAACACAAAGCCUUGUUUGAAGAAAUUGUCAAGAGAAACAAAGUUGAAUACCAUGCCGGUGGCUCUACCCAGAACUCAGUGAAAAUCGCUCAGUGGAUGCUCCAGAAACCGCAUAAGGUGGCUACCUUCUUUGGGUGCAUCGGGAAGGAUGACUUCGGCAAGAUCCUGAAGAAGAAGGCGGAGGAAGCUCAUGUCGAUGCCCAUUACUACGAGCAGACCGAGGAGCCGACUGGUACCUGUGCAGCUUGCAUCACUGGAGACAAUAGGUCCCUUGUUGCUAACCUGGCAGCGGCAAACUGCUACAAAAAGGAAAAACACCUGGACUUGGACAGCAACUGGGAGCUGGUGGAGAAAGCCAAGGUCUAUUAUAUUGCGGGGUUUUUCCUGACCGUUUCUCCAGAUUCGAUCCUUAAGGUGGCAAAGCAUGCUUCAGAAAACAACAAAAUCUUCUGCAUGAACCUCUCUGCACCGUUCAUCAGCCAAUUCUUUAAAGAACCCUUGAUGAAGGUGAUGCCAUACGUUGACAUCUUGUUUGGCAACGAAACGGAAGCGGCCACGUUUGCCAAAGAGCUGGGCUUUGAGACGGAUGACAUUGCAGUGAUCGCGCACAAGACCCAAAACCUCCCCAAGGAGAACGCAAAGAGGCAGCGAUUGGUGGUCUUCACCCAGGGCAAGGACGACACCGUUGCAACUGUUGGUGAUAAAGUGACCGUGUUUCCUGUUUUGGACAUCGACCAAAAUGACAUUGUGGACACCAACGGAGCAGGAGACGCCUUUGUUGGAGGAUUCCUCUUUGCACUUGUCCAAGAGCAGUCAUUGGAGGAGUGCAUCCGGGCCGGGCACUAUGCAGCCAACGUGAUCAUCAGGCGGGUCGGAUGCACCUUCCCAGAGAAACCGGAUUUUCACUGAUUAAUCCGAUCUGUCAUUCCCACAAGAUGCUUACUGUACCGAUUUAUACUCUUCAGGAUUUUACGUGUAUUUUUCUAUUCCCUCUGACUGGCAUUUUGAAAAUAAUUGCUGCGGCUUGAUGGAUUUAUCGAGCCAUGAUAAGCAAUUGAGAUAUUAUAAUGCUAUUCAAACAAUGUACUAGCAUCAGACAUUGGAAAAUGUUCAUAGGAAAAGCCGCAUUCCAGCAGCAACUGCCAUUUGAGAAUCAACAACUGCAUACCUGAAUAGCUGAUAAUUUUGAAUCAGUAAUGUAGACACUGUCUUGGUACUUUGUCCAUAAUAUUUAAGAAAUAGCUUGAAGGUAUUUCAUAAUAUAAUUUAAAUAUAUAAAAGAAAUUGCUCAAUGUCUGAGAAAUGUAUCAUAGUGUGGGGAUAUCUCAAGUGUUUCUCAGUAGUUAUUCUAAAAUGUGGUUUCUUGUUCCCUUACCUGAGAGUUAUAAGUAACUUGUGACCACAAAAUGCUAAUGAACAAACAGCAUUACAAUCCACUUCUCAACUGUCAGAAUAAAUGUAUUGCAGCAGCAUAAGAUCACACAAUUAUUUUCGUUAUUCUAAAAAAUAAUCAACCCUUAUUCUGGUAAAUUCAGAAUGUUGGUGACUGGUGAACCAUUUUGGUGUUGGUUUGACUCUUGUAUUUUGCUGACAGAUCCAAUGAUAAUAAACUUUCAGUUGUCUGGAAGAAGCAUGCAUAGAUUUCCAUUUAAAAUAUCGCAGUAAUUUAGGGAUUUCAUGCAUACCACUCACCCUAAGAAGGUUAAAUACCAGGGUAGCAGAAAGUCAACUAAUAAAAAGUAAAAGGUGAACAUUCAUAAAAUAUUUCAGUUCCAUUGAUUUUAUAAAAAUGAUUACAUAUAUCAUUAAGUUUGUCACCAGCGGUUUGUAAAAUCAAAUAUUUCCUAAGGAUGGAUAUUUUUUCCUUGUUGAAGAAAUAUACUGAAAUUAAAGGUGUAAUUUUCCUAAUUGUUUAGUGUACAAUUAUGCUGCUGCAAUAAAAGCUUAAUUUAUUUUAGGGCUAUUUACAAAACUUUAUUGUGUGUGCAGAAGGCCCUGUUGUGGUGUAAAUAAUUAAUGCAAGCUAGCACUGUACAAAGCAUCAUCAUUGAUGCCUGUUGGUAAAAAUGUUUGUUAUUCAAUUUAAAAAAGAAUAUUCCUUUGAUUUGCAGUUUGGUGCUGCAGACAUCGUUGAUAAAUUACGACUAUUGACUGCUUCCCAUUUCGUAUGGAGCACAUAUCAAUCAACACAUUCAUUAUUUUUCGACUGAAAAUACAAGAAAAGUAUAAAAGUGAUGACGUUAAAUGUUGGAACACCAAACUUUAUCAACAGCAGAGAAUGCCCCAAGAACAAAAUGGUGAUUGCAGUGUCUCCAGUUUUAAGUUAAUCCAAUGAAGUGAAGACUUUUGUAGAGCGUCAUCCAGUGAUGAGGAGGAAGUCAAGAGAAAUGUUUGGAGCAGCAGCUUGGAUAUCUUACAAACAGGCACCCCUCUAAGGGAUUUAAAAGCACGCUGUCUGGAGCCCACAGUGGAGUUUUACUGCUUGUGACAAAAACUGUCAGAAGUCUAAAUUUUCUCUGCACAUUCGGUCUAUAUUUUACUCAUGAGGGUUAAACUACAACAAAGUGACGUGGUAAAAUAUCUGAGUUAUUCUAAUGAAACUGUUGCCACACCACAGAUGAGAAGAAGUCAGAGUGGAAGCUAGUAGUGUGAUAGAAGCCACACAAAAAUUAAAAACAUCUGCAGGAUGAAGAAUUAUCUUACCAGAAAUUUAUGCUCACAAACAAUACCCACAGUUUUUUUUAUUGAGGUAUGACAGUGGUUUCCCUGUUCCAGCUAUGGCAUGAACUCUGCUAUGUCCUCUUCUCUUAUGUUUGGGGCCUUUUAUUCAGUUAGAACCAAGAUUCUGAGUGUUGCAUAAUGCUGGGUGCAAAACAGCUGUUUUUGGAAAAAUUCAUCUUUCACUUUGAUGGAAUUCACCCAUAGUUUUUAUAUAGAUUAACUUUAUCUGUAUUUUUUUUUCUAUCAAGAAAACGAUCUAUGUCCUACAUCGCAAUCAAUAGUUAAUCUGAUAGUGGUGUUUCAGAUGUAAGAUCAUCACCCAAAAUUGGAGUCCAGGUGCAAAAAUGGUUUUUAAAACUUCUUUUCUUACUUGAAAAACAACAAAAGCCUCAUUAUGUUUCAUUUUCAUGCAUUUGUAGAGUUUAUGGCUCUAAACCUUGAUGACAUUUUCCCUUUCAGAAACAACAAAGCCAAACUGGAGGUAAUUGUUUUGUUUGUACAGAAACAAGAAAAACCACAUUAGUCUUGUCUCAACCCACACAAAGUCACAUUUGAUUUUUAUUUCUUAAACAAACAGGUGAACUCACCUGAAAUGUACCAUGCAACACACAGAUAAUUUGUAAAGUUCCUUUAUUUCAUUUAAUCAGCAAGGUAUCGCACUCUGACAUCAUGGUCAUUGUAACCUGGAAUUGCUCGGGUCACCCAGCCUCCCCCAUCACUCCCAUGGCUAGUUGGGGUCCAAACUGGACUCUGUGUCUGCAGGGCAGCAGGAGAUCAUUUCUCUCAGUUUAAGGGAUUAGUGGUUUGCUCUUCGCCACGAUCAUUAAAGGGACCCGAAAAUUAGCCUGAUCCUUCAUACCCAGCUGUGCCGUUGUUGGGGGUGGGAGGCAGAGAUCAGAGGGAGCAACCCUUGGUAAAAAAGGGUUGCCCACCCGCCGGCAGAAACUGUUGGGAAGUGUCUCAAGUGUUUGAACUAAUUCAAACUCAUCUGUUCCACAGUGAAGUGUGAGAAUAACCGUUUUUACUCCUAUUGAAAUACUUGUUACAUCCUGUAUCUUUUUUUUUUUUGCCUUUGCUUGUAUUAACCCAGAUCAUACAGGUUGAAAAACUUUCUCUUGCCAAAGUGUUACUUACAACUCUUAUUUUUUUUAAUCAACCAUUUUUUUAAAAAAGGAUUUCCACAGAUGCGCUCUGAAAAGGUCCACCAUUCUGAUUGGACAAGACUCCAUGGCAGCUGGUUCAUUUACUUCUCAAGAUGACAGAUGGCAAAACACAAACACAAAAAGAGAGAGAGCCAUGAUUAAGUCAUGAGGAUGCCUGCCACAAUGAGGGAAACUACUUUUCUCACUUUCUCCAACAAACUUUGGCCCUGCUCAGUGCACACGGAUGAAAAACAAACUCGAGAGCAUUUAGCAUAUUAUCACGUUCUGUGAUUUCAACAGACCUUCAACAAAUAGUGAAGCUUGGUCUGCAAUGUCUCUAAUUUUCAUUCUUUGGCCAAAACUUCACUUUUCCAUUACAUUAAAUUUAGAUUUUGUGACAUUUGUCCACAGUAGUUAGUUCACCAGCAUAUAUAGUUGCUGUUAGCACUAAUGAUGAUAAUAAUAAUGCUUGCAAAGGAGUAACUGGGGUCCUAGCCAGUGUUUUGCCCCGCAGAUGGGCAGCAGUGUUUGUGAACACCAGUGUGGCAGUUGGCAGGGAUUGAGGGGGGGGAUGGGCCGACUGCUAUGGCACAUGCUCCAAUUCAAAUUAUCCCUGGACCCAUGCAGCAGUGGAGGACCUGCUGGGGCCCAGGGUGGCAUUCAUUACACCCAGACACUGGCAUGUUUUUUUUUUUUUUUUUCCUCUGCUCAGUCGCUAUUUAUUAUGACCCCCAAUCCACAAAUUCUCUUUAUUCAUAUUUCACCUGCUUAAACGUUUUCUAAAUUGACAAUUUUGUUGACUGAAUCGUUUUGUCGAUUUGCAUAAAUUUCAGUAGAUGAAUAGCAGAAAACAUGACAAAUGCUGCAGUUCAAUAAAAACAUGUAGAUAAUGACAAGAACAGCCAAUCCUGAUAAUGAGGGAGCUUCAAUUAACGUUGAGCGAUAUCCACUCAAAAACAUCAGGAGUGUAAACUCACCAGUCCCUUUAUUAGGUACACCUGUUAAAUUGUUGAACAAAGUAGGGGAUCAGCCAGCAACAUGGCUGCAACUGAAUGGACUUCUGUAUUGAGGCUGACUGAGUUCCAAACUGAGCAUCAGAGCAGGAAAUAACCAGAAGUUUCAAGUAAUAUAACUUAACGACAAAAGUAAAUAAAAUACUUUUUCAAUCUUUAAUAUUGCAGUGUCUGGUAAGGAUUACAUUAGGACACCCCACAUUUAAUCCUAUUUUAAUGGCUAAUAUUACACACAGGCAUAUCAAGCCAGAAACACACAAUUAAAAGAGUGUUACUCAGCAUUUUGAAAAAGGCUUUCCAUAUUUAAAACUCAGAUGUUUACUUGGUGCAACCCUGACUACUGAAGUGAGGUUGAAAACGAUGAUGAGACUGAAAGAACUGUUUGUGGCCUUCAGAAAGAAGAUUUUAGGAGCUUAGAAGUCUGGUAAGGGAUUUACAGAAGAAUCAAAGGAUUUUUAAAUCAGCCAAUCCGCUGUCUGAAAAACUGUCUCCAAAUGCAAGAGACUCUAAAGGACUGCCAGCAUGCUGAGGUUUGGUCCGCCAAGCAAACCUACCUUAAGAACAGACUGCAAGGAGCUAAAAGAAGUCUCCAAAGUUCCUAAAAUGUGAUCACUGAACAUACUGCAGGCUCUCGCUACUGCUGAUAUUCUUGCAUAUUAUCUUUCUUGUGCAAUCAGAAAGAUAAUAUGCAAGUUAAACUUUCAUCGAGUGUGCAAGGAGGAACCUUUGAUCUCUGAGAAAAACAUGAGAGCCAAAAAAAAUGUUGCCAUAGAGAAGAAUAUGGACCAGGACUUCUUGAGUACUGUUCUAGGAGAGGUGAAUCUGAAAUUGAAUUUUUUUAGACACUAGAACAGAGGACAUGUUGAAUGUCAGCUGAACCAAAACCGAAACCUUUAAAAUGAUAGUGACCCAAAACAUACCAGUAUAUCUGCUGACUGACAACUAAGAAAAUCCCUGGUUGUGUCAAAACACACAUCUUCAUCUCAUUGAGAUGCUGGCUGGGUUGUUUAAAAAAGGCUUUUCUUGCAAGAAAUCGCUCAAACAACUCACAGCUGAAAAUAAAGAGUGGUGCAAACUUUUUUUUGUCAAAAUACCCAUCUUUUUGUAUGACUUUGUUAAUGACUACAACAAAGUCAGUUGGUGUUCACCUGGAAAUAAAUCACUUUCUCUUGAAAUAAAUAAAAAAGACUAGGCAUGAUAUGAAUGUUUCUUUUGGAGAAACUGAAUUUUAA